CCCACGUUUUUGCCGUUAUGUGUAACAUAUAUUCUUGUUCUAUUUUACAGUCGUCAAGCUCGUAUAUAAUAGUUUAAUCACGUUCUUGUAUACUUAUUUUUGACAUUAAUGAACAUUUCGAUUUGCAUUUUGACGUUCAAACUCACAUUUGAACGCUAGCGUGUUAAACUUUGACGUUGACGCCUGUGCAGCUAUCAACUUCCGCCAGCUGAUGACACAAUCCCAGUGCAAUAUAGAUGAUGGUAGAUCCGUAUUUUAAGAACUUUUAUUUAAUGUCCGCCACCUUUUUUAAAAGUAUAGGGACAUCACAAUGAAUGGAGUAAAGUCAAUUUACAAUCUUAUGUUUGGGAGGCAUUUAUUUUUAACAAACACUAUAAGUGCCGGCGUGUUGUUAGGAGCUGGAGAUUCCAUUGUUCAGACUUUUGAAGGUAGACGGAUAAAAAAGAAAGGUGGGGAAUGGGCAAGAGACUGGAAAAGAACAGGUCGUAUGGUUACGAUUGGGCUAGUCCUGCAAGGCCCAGCCAGUCAUGCUUGGUAUAGCUUCCUAGACAGAAUUCUGAAGGGAACACAAUUCAAAACCAUUGCAAAGAAAAUACUUCUGGACCAAAUAUUUGCCUCACCUUUUUUUGCUUUUGGCUUUCUUAUGGGAAUGGGUCUUUUAGAAGGGCAGUCAUGGGAGAAGGGCGUACAGGAAUUUAAGUCCAAAUUUUGGACAGUUUAUAUGGCUGAUUGGACAGUAUGGCCAGCUGCUCAGUGCAUCAACUUUUACUUUCUACCUCCUAAGCUGAGAGUGAUAUAUGUUAACUUUGUAACAUUAGGAUGGGAUGUAUUUUUAUCAUAUAUUAAGCACGAGUUCAAGAAGGAUCAGGAUUGAUGACAGUUCUUAGAUUUUGGUUAUGUAGGCAAGAAAUACCACAUCAGGGUGAAAAGUUCUCUACCACCUUAGACCAGAAACUUCCAUGUAUGACGUUGUUAGGUCCAGAAAUAUUGAAAAUAAUUAUUUCCUCUUAAAUGUUUUAGCAUUGAGAUAAGUCAAUAAAUUUUAAACAUCUCUGUCUGUAUUUGACAUUUUGAUUUCACUCAAAAUGUAUACAGAUCAGUUACCUGUAGUAAUAUCCAGGUUACUCAUGUAACCUGCAAGCCGCGCAUGUAUGUAUGUAUGUAUCUCAGAUGAUUUGUAGUGUCCAUAAAGAUUUGGUGUGCUAUUUAUUUAAUCAGGGACUUAUUGGCAUUGUUAUUAAUGAUAUUUUAUUAUAGGGAUUUAAUAGCUGCAAUGUUAUAAAUUUUGCAUAUUUUGAAAUAUAUGUAAAUGUUUGUUCUUGAUGUAUUUAUUGUUAUUCAACAACUUUUAUAUUUCAUGUUGAAAUAAUGUCUUUGAAACUGAAUCGUGCAAAUGUGAUUUGCCAUCACAUGAAAUGCGCACAUAAUAUAUCAUAUUACAUUACAAGAAAUAUUUGUUCACUUAUUGCAAAAAAAAAAACUUUUUUAUCUUCUUCAUUGUUUAUGGAGAACCCACAUUUAAUCUUUGGAGGAAGAGAUGAAGUAACUUGAAUGUAAUGUACCAGUUAUGGUUGUAAUUGUUAUUCAGUUAUUAAAGGUCCACAUAGCUA